UUUCAACCAAAAAAUCAAAACUUUUAAAUUUAAUUUCUUCAAUAAAAAGAAGAAUGGAUAUUAGCGAUAAUUAUUUUUUCUCUGAAACUGAGAAAAUUGAUGAAAUAAUUGAUGAGACAAGUGAACAAAAUUUAGAAGGAAUAGAGGAUUUAGAAGAGCCUAAUUUGGAUGAAAUUGGGUUGAUGGAAGAACGUUGUUCUGGGUUAUGGAACCAAAUAAAAGAUGCUAAUGUUUUAAAUGGCUCUGAAUUUUCCAAGUUGUCAAUGUCAAAACUUAAAUUAGACGCUGACCUGCUUUCUCGAGAAGUUCAAUGGUUUUCUGUUCGUUUUCCAACUUUCUCUACAAAUAUCCAACUUCGUUUGGAUUGUGUAUAUCAAGCUUUGUCUGAAUUACAACAUAAAAAAGAAAACGAAAAAACUUUUGAGGAAGAGGAGGAACAGGAGGAAAAUAAUUCUUCAAAUUCUGUUAUGGCCUCAAAAUUUCGAAAAUGGCUGUGCAGACAAGAAUUGGACUUGGCACGUAUUCGGCAAAAGAUUCCUUUUUCUCGUAAUUCUCUUUCUUCUUUACAAGAUUUGGAAUUGGAACAAAAGUAUUUACAAGAGCAAAUUCAAAAAGAAGGCCGUAAACUACUCUGCAGACUAAACAUCCAAAGGUCGACCUCUACCGAAAGAAAACUUUUUGACACUCUUGAACAACGCUAUCUGGCACUUUGGUUGGCCAGUUUGGAGAGUUUUGAAUUAAUUGUUCAAUUUAAGAAACGCCUUUUCACUGAGGACAAGGAAGAUUUGUCUUCAGAGUUGGAAGAAGGUCCAGAUCCGAAGAGACGAAAAACUUUUGAAACAAAAAUUGAAGAAAAAAUAUUUGAGAAUCUCCCAAUCACUACAGAUUUGUACCAAUCAAAUGAUUUAUUAGCUACAAGGGCAACUUUUGUAAUGGAUGGUGUGAGACAUGAAAGACAACAACCAUUGCCGUUAGGUUCAGACAUUGGUUACUCUAGCGGGGAGAACAAUUCAGUUCAUGAAAUAAUAUCAAAUGCAAAAUCGCUAGGAGAGGAUUAUCGCGAACAAUAUAAAGAAAAUGAUGUAGAUCCACCUCUUUGGGCCGAGCAAAUUGCACAAAGCAAUGAAUUAGAAAAAAGUUUUUAUCGAACAGUACCUCUAGACGAUUAUGGAAUGACUGAUUUAGAUACAGAUGAGGGAGGAUUUGGACAAGAAGGAGGGAAAUAUUUGACACAAAAAAUAUUGCAAGAUUUUGAAGAAAAAAUUGGACAGGGAAAACUUGAAUUAACUGAUUCUUUAAUUGUGCAUGUGGAUUCGCCUGAAAAUCGGCCGCUUAAUGAAUUUGAAGAAGUAAUGGACUUAUUUGGAAAAGACAAAAUAUUCGUCAAUUCUGGACGUCCUUUUAGUGAAGAUGAUUGUGAAAGUUUAAGUACUUUUACAGAAAAUGAACGUGAAAGACGUAAAAUAAAUAGUCGAAAACGUUCAUUUAAACCUCCACUUUUAUUAAACAAAAAUGAAGUUAAACAAAAAAUACAAAAUAAUCGACGCCGAAAAUGUGCUUCAGAUGCUCGUUACCGAAAUUUGUCGGCUUAUAAUGGCUUUCUUUCCAAUGACUUUGAAUGGGAUGAUGAUGCUUUUAUUGGUUAUCAGAAUAUUUCUGUUGAUAAUUCUUUUGACAAAUUGCCGGAUAUUCUUUUGGAUGGAGAUUUUAAUGAAACUAAAAAGGCUUUUUCUUCAUUUUAUGACAAAUUUCGGCAAGUUUUAUCAGAAAGUCAAAAUUUAAAUGAGCGUUUGAGAGAAUUGAUAACUUUUGUGGAUAAAUCUUUUGAUGGGACUUCGGUUCUGUUUCAAGAACUUAACUCUACAUUUUCAUCUGUUUCGCAUCUUUGUAAUUCAUUUGAUGAAAGAUUUGAUGAGAAUAAAAGCAAUAGCUUUAACUUUUCUAAAGUGAACACAUUUUUAAUUUAA